AUGAAAUUAAAGAAACUCUAUUUAUUUGGAAAUCCAUGGCACUGUGACUGCUCGCUCAGGUGGCUUCGUCAGUGGGCGCAGGAACACAAUGACACUCAAUUCCACGUUGAUCUGAGGCACACAGAGGUGGCUCAUUUGAUCGAUGUCGGACGAAUCGACGGGAAUCCGGAAGUUCUCAGCAUGGAAACUACGGACCAACCCAGGUGUGAAACGCCAGCCCACCUCUCUGGCAGGUCUUUUUUCCCCAUAUCUGGACUGCCCAAUAAUCCUAUCACCUCCUUCGAAAUGGCAUGCCCCCCUAAGCCUCUGUCUAAGAAUUCAAACAUCCGAGCCAAAUUCGGCGAAAAUGUGACGGUGUCCUGUGUUUUUGAGGCUUCUUCAGUUGACGAAAUCUUUUGGUACAAGAACGGUUACCCUCUUUCAUCCUCACAUAAUGUACGAGCUCGACAAGCUCAGGGAAAUAAGUUUGUUGUGGACCUUGUCUUUCAGAAACUUCAGCAAUCUGAUGUUGGGACUUACGUGUGUCUGAUAAAGAAUGGGUUCGGGAAGGCCAACGCGACCGUAACCUUGACUCUGUCUGACGUCUCAUGGUUGGAUGGCCUGCAGAGCGAUUCCAGUGCUUCAGUGAGCGGCUGGAUUUCUAAAUUCGAUACAAAUCAGAUCCUCAAAUAUACAGCUAUUGUAGCUAUUGGAUUAGUCACUCUUCUCGUGGUCGUAGGCACGCUGAGUUACUGUCUUUUUGGUCGACUUUGCAGGCGCUUGAAGCCUAUGCGGACGCCGAGAGCCGCGGCCAAAGCACGUGGAAAGUACUCAUUUACUGAUUCUCCCAUAAACAGGAUUCAGAAAACGGACAGGCGGGAAAGCUAUUCGAGUGUUCCCAAACUCGGUACAGAAAAUGGAAGCAUUCAAAGCAAGGACGGGAAACAUCAGCCCUGCAUUUUGCGUUUUCAAGAUAGUCAUCCUGUUUAUACUACGGCCACCUCUGGAACAAAGGAAGUUGAUAUUUUGAACUGUCCUAUUCAUGGUCAUUCUGGAUCCUCUCCUGCAAAUGCCACGGCACCCGAAUCGACUCUCACGGAGACAUUCGAUGAUCCUUACACCCAGUUCGAGACUCUUGAAAUCAGCGCCUACACGGAUCGCUCUUCAGCUCAGCAGAAGCCACAGGACAAAAGAGACUUCAACCUUCAGUGUUCUGAUUACGGUGUUAAGUUCCUGACUCUAAAAGAAUCCACUCACAAUAGCCAACUACUGGGUCAUACGUUUCAUCCCCUCGAGCCCCUAAAACCCCCCGCUCAGCCCCCACCACCUCCGCUCAUGCUUAUUGAGGGUAUUUCUAGUCGUUUGGAGACUCCUGGCGCGACAUGUGCAGUGGUUCCACCCUUAGAGUACUUGCCUUGUCCCAGGCACGGCAACCUCAUUGCUGCUCUCAGCCCUCCAGUGGCUCAUGCAACCGUUGCUCCUCUAGAAACCGUUCCCCCGGCAACACGGAGCCGCGAGUCCACCCUUGGCACUACGGUCCGCAGCGUACAGACCAUUAGGCUAUCUACACCUCUUGAGACUGCAGGCCACAUAGUGGCUGACGGCCCCCGGACUGGCUCUUUGAAAUCUUGUCACAAGUCAACAACAUCUACUGGUACGUCAACAGCAAAGAGGGUUGAAUUUGCAGAACCGGAUCAGCCGGGUUUCAUCACCACAGUGUGA